CGAGCCAAGGAAGAAUGAUCACAUUUAACCGCCCAGCGUCACUCCCAAUAGGUACUAGUAUUCGCCUGUAGUCUUCCCCGGCUUUGCCAGUAGUGAUACACAUUUGAUCCAUAUUUUAUUACGGUUUUUCUUAGCCUUUUGUUGGAGGAUGAAUAACCUUGUCAGAAUAUAUUUUUUCUAGGUAGAGAACCCGUUCUUGGUCGUGAUGUGGGUACAUCGUUAAUUAGAGGGGUCCCCCGCGGCUCUCUGUAAUUGUCACCUGCAGUUGGUCCACCAAUUUGUAUAUUUAUUUAUUUUGUUCAACGGUGUUGCUCCAUGCAAAUCCCAGGGACUAUGUGAGCAUCAUGCUGGCGGUGCGAUGCCUGGUGUUCGCUGCAGUGAGUGCGCGGUUUGCCGUGACAGGCUGGAGCAGCUCGGUAAGCAAUAGAGGAGACGGAGAGACGUGGGAAUGGCAGCCUUCGGAGGAGCAGGGGGACCGGGGACCUGCUGUGGAGGAAGUCACUCAGCCUAAGCGGCUCCUGCAACAGAUCGACUCGGAGGGAGAGUUGGUUCACCUCCAUCUGGACACUCGAGUCAAGAACCACACCGAGGGAGCACAGCCUGUCCAUCUAGCCCAGAGCAGUUUCCUGGUGGAAGCCUUUGGCAAGUCUUUCAUCCUGGACUUGGAGCUGAACCACAAUCUCCUGUCUUCGGAUUAUGUGGAGCGGCACUUUGACGACGAAGGGAGGCCGUCUCAAAACAUGGGAGGGGAACACUGUUACUACCACGGGCGACUGAGGGGGGUACCAGGCUCGUGGGUUGCUCUCUCUACCUGCCAUGGAUUACGUGGGAUGUUUUCCGAUGGGAACUUCUCCUAUGGGAUCGAGCCUGUUCUCAAUACCGGUGGGGAGAAGCAGAAUGAUCACGUGGUGUAUCGAAUGGCUGACCUCGACCUGCUACUGUCACUACAAUGUCCAGGUUGCUCAUUGAACAGCAGUGACACUGAAAGGAACUCUGUAAAUGACAGUGACCCUGCUGGUGAUGAUGGUAUCUUGUCGGAGUCGGAGGAGCCCAUCUUCACAGAGGAAGGGUUGAGCCGUUCAAAGAGACAGGUCAGACGAGGUCAACGCACAGUCCAGACUGAGACCAAGUACAUCGAGCUGAUGGUGGUGAACGAUCAUGACCUGUUUGUGCAGCUACGUCGGUCGUCGUCGCAGACGAGGAACUUUGCCAAAGCAGUCGUCAAUAUGGCAGAUGCGAUCUACAAGGACCAGCUCAACACUCGGAUCGUGCUGGUCGCCAUGGAGACGUGGUCAUCCCAGAACAUGGUGUCUGUGGGCAAUGACCCCUUGCUGACCCUGAGGGACUUUAUGAAGUACAGGAAGGAGAGCAUCAAAGAGUUCAGCGAUGCCACACACCUCUUCUCGGGGAGGACCUUCCAGAGUAGCCGCAGUGGCACAGCCUACAUUGGGGGUAUCUGUUCCCUCACGCGGGGAGGAGGAGUCAACGAGUACGGCAACGUGGGUCCCAUGGCCAUCACGUUGUGUCAGAGCCUGGGGCAGAACAUUGGCAUGAUGUGGAACAAGGAGCGCCCUACGGCUGGGGACUGCAGGUGUCCCGACCCAUGGCUGGGCUGCAUCAUGGAGGACACCGGCUACUAUCUUCCUAGGAAGUUCUCACGCUGCAGUGUGGAUGAGUACCUUCGCUUUCUCCAGCAGGGUGGGGGCAGCUGCCUCUUCAAUAAGCCCAGCAAGCUGCUGGACUCUCCAGAGUGUGGCAAUGGCUUUGUGGAGGUGGGGGAGGAGUGUGAUUGUGGAUCCCAUGUGGAGUGUGCGCGGAGCGGAGGAGCCUGCUGUAAGAAGUGCACCUUGACCCACGACGCCAUGUGUAGCACUGGCCUCUGCUGUAGAGGUUGCAGGUACGAGCUCAGGGGCGUGACGUGUCGCGAAUUGACCAACGACUGUGACGUCCCGGAGACGUGUCCCGGAGACUCCAGCCAGUGUCCUCAUAAUGUCCACAAACUGGAUGGUUACAUGUGUGAAGCUGGCCAGGGUCGUUGUUUCGGAGGUCGCUGUAAGACCAGAGAUGGACAGUGCAGAGGUCUCUGGGGCCACAACUCAGCCGACCGUUUCUGCUAUGAGAAGCUGAACUCCGAGGGCACAGAGAAGGGCAACUGUGGCCGUGAUGCCAGUGGCCAGGGCUGGGUGCAGUGCAACAAGCAGGAUGUGCUCUGUGGGUUCCUGCUGUGUACUAACAUGUCUGCUAAGCCGAGGUUUGGAGAUCUGCAGGGGGACCUCACCAGCCUAACCAUCUACCACCAGAACAGAUACCUGGACUGCCGUGGCGGCCACGCGGUGCUGGAGGAUGGCUCGGACCUGGGCUAUGUGGAGGACGGGACGCCCUGCGGUCCCAACAUGAUGUGCCUGGACCGCCGCUGCCUCCCCGUGCCCACCUUCAACCUCAGCACCUGCCCCGGAUCCAGCAUCUGCUCCCACCAUGGGACCUGCAGUAAUGAGGUGAGAUGUAUUUGUGACACGGACUACACUGGGAAAGACUGCAGUGUCUAUGACCCAAUCCCUGACCCCACCCCUCCAGAGGGCCCUGAGAAAUAUAAGGGUCCCAGUGGCACCAAUAUCAUCAUAGGCUCCAUCGCAGGGGCAAUUCUGUUGGCAGCUAUAGUCCUAGGGGGGACCGGAUGGGGAUUUAAGAACAUCCGAAGAGGAAGGUAUGACCCCGCCCAACAGGCUAUGGUCUGAUGGGAACUCAUCCCAAAUUACCCCCCAUGUUUCAUUCACCCUAGUCCCGAAUCUUGUAGUCCCUCAUCCAUAUAGGCUCCUAGCCUGCUAUCUCUAUCCUAACCCAUUUCAAUUAGGCUAGUCCCACUAGCUCUAGUCUCUUAUCCUAGUACCCAAAUCCUGGGUGCUAGUUUGUAAAGUUUGCUUAAUUUUUGUAUUACACUUCAAUAUAAAAAUGUACUUUCCAUGCCCUAGUACCCUCUCCACGCCUGUUAAAUCCCAUUUCACACCCUAGUUUCUUACAUAUGUAUACUAUAUAAUGCCACUAUCUCACUGUGCUCCUCCCAAUGGACUUCAGUACCAUUCAUAUGGACAGUUUUACCAGAUACAGGUUAAGGCCAAGUCCUGGACUAAAAUGCACUUUCAAUGGAGAUUUUUUAAAUCGAGGACUAGGCUUAAUCUGGGUCUGGCAAACCGGUCUAUAGUGUUUAGCCGCUAUCUGUAUAGGCGGUUUGCGUUUUGCGUCCCACAGCCACAUAUCACACUGUCGUGUCAGCCCACACUGGCUCUGUAUGGUUGACUUCGAUUGGCUGUCCUGGAUACCCAAUCAGAUGAGGCAAAUAAAAGCUGAACAAGUAUUUUUGAAGUGAGAGUGUCGGUUGUCAAUAGUACAUCACACAAAUAAAUACAAGCAUUAAGCCGAUGGAUCGCCUGGUCGUAACCCUAUGGGCAGUGGGUCCUCUCUUUGACACAGUGUAUAGGCCUUCUUACACUGUGGUGUAUUCCGUUGCUUUUAACUCCUCAAACUCUUUUCCUUUCCUUCUCCCUUGCUUUCUCUUCCCCUCCUCUUUUUCU